UUUCCUAUUCACCCCAUCAACGCUAGUGCUAUUAGCGGCCCGUCUUGGCAUUAACGGAUCUACUUGUAUUUUGUGACCAGUUUCCAUAAAACAGCUCCACUGAGGGGUUAAGUGAGGAUGUACAGUUUUAUGGGCGGAGGGCUGUUCUGCGCUGGCGUGGGGAACAUCCUCCUCAUCGUCUCCACGGCAACCGAUUAUUGGAUGCAGUACCGGCAGUCCAGCAACUACAUGCACCAGGGGCUGUGGCGCUACUGCACGCCAGGCAAAUGCUUUCCUCACAAUGACAGCAUUGCCCACUUAGACGCCACACGCGCCCUGAUGAUCCUGUCCCUGCUGGCGUGCUUCAUCGGCAUCAUCAUCGGCAUCAUGGCUUUUAUCCAUUACUCCUCCUUCGACCGCUUCGACAAGACCUUCGCCGCAGGCAUUUUGUUUUUCAUCUCAUGCUUUUUCGUGUUUCUGGCUAUGGCUGUGUACACUGGUGUGACUAUCAACUACUACGGGAAGCGCUAUGGAAACUGGAGGUUUUCCUGGUCCUAUAUAAUCGGCUGGGUGUCUGUGGUCCUCACCUUCUUUUCAGGUAUCUUCUAUAUGUGUGCCUACCGGAUGCACGAGUGCCCUAGGAGCGGGAACUCUCAUUAGGAAAGUCAGAGCAUCAUCCACAAACACGCCUCGGAUUCAGAUCGUGCACAUCCGGGCCGUUUUCUCCGUGGAGCCAGAGUCCUGCUCAAAGCUUAAGUGU